AUGGCAUCUGGUUCAACCUUGCACGUAAGUGGGUUUCCAAGGGGGGUCGGAACAAGAGAUCUGGCCCCUGACUUUGAAAAUAUUGGGAGGGUGGUUAGAAUUGAAAUGCCUCCAGCUAGGUCUGAAUUCGCAAGACCAUAUGCAUUUGUGGAGUAUGAAACGCCAGAAGAAGCUCAAGAAGCGUUACACAGGUUAAACCAACAACGUCUAUCGUUUGAUCCCCAGAUUUUAAUCACAGUGCAGUUCGCUCGAUCCGAGGCUCGUCCGUCUCGAUUUUCGGGCUCGAUUGGAAGGCAUACCGUGCGCGGAGGGACUAUGCCUAGAGAACAUGAUUAUCCGAGAAGGCCCCGAGAACAUGAAUUCGAUUCUUCGUUCGAUGGCCAAAGCCGCUUUUCGGAGAGAAACUUCGAGAGCGGACAAGACGACGAAUUUCACCAUCGCAGGGCGGAAAGAGACGAUUUUUCGCGAGGAAAGCGCGGCGCGUAUGGCCCUAGGUCCUACAGGAGUCAAUAUCGAUCCGAACAUGCAGUCCCCAGACGGGAACUUUCUCCCGCGAGGAUGCGUGCAGAUGACGGACCUGCUCCUUAUCAAGAUGUCUUGCACAACAAUGCGGCCGCCCUAAAGAAGCCCAGGUAUAGUGGCUCCGUUGAAAAAUCAAUUGAGCAAGAUGAUUACUUUCCAGCAGAGUUAAAUUCCAAAGAUGUGGAGAUGACUGAACUAGCGAGUGCUCCGCUCCAGAGUCAAGGCCAAGACUCCAGGGGCUCUCCAGUCUCUGAAAACCAAGUAGAGAGUACGGCUGUCAAUGAAUCAAAGUCAAUCUCCGAGGCCCCUGAAGCCAAAACGGUGCCAGCGGCUCCAUCCCCUCACCAACCCACCUAUUCGAAUUCACCGGAUGUGCCUCAGGUACUUGGAAAUUCUGCUUCCCCCAACGAGAUACCUCAAAAGGCUAGCAAUGACUCAGAAGUCGACCGAAACUCGGCUGUCGACAAUAAAUCUGCGGAUCCCAAUCAAAAUUGA